AUGGAAGUUUAUUGGAUAACCCUCCUCUGUCAAAAUCAUGGAAGCAUACCACCCAACAGCAUACCACCCUGCAACAUACCACCCUGCAACAUACCACCCAACAACAUACCACCCUGCAACAUACCACCCAACAACAUACCACCCAACAACAUACCACCCAACAACAUACCACCCUGCAACAUACCACCCAACAACAUACCACCCAAUCACAUACCACCCUGCAACAUACCACCCAACAACAUACCACCCAACAACAUACCACCCAACAACAUACCACCCAACAACAUACCACCCUGCAACAUACCACCCUGCAACAUACCACCCUGCAACAUACCACCCUGCAACAUACCACCCAACAGCAUACCACCCAACAACAUACCACCCAACAACAUACCACCCUGCAACAUACCACCCAACAACAUACCACCCAACCACAUACCACCCAACAACAUACCACCCAACCACAUACCACCCAACAACAUACCACCCAACAUCAUACCACCCAACAUCAUACCACCCUGCAACAUACCACCCAGCUACAUACCACCCUGCAACAUACCACCCAACAACAUACCACCCAACAUCAUACCACCCUGCAACAUACCACCCAGCUACAUACCACCCUGCAACAUACCACCCAACAUCAUACCACCCAACAUCAUACCACCCUGCAACAUACCACCCAGCAACAUACCACCCAACAUCAUACCACCCAACAUCAUACCACCCUGCAACAUACCACCCAGCUACAUACCACCCUGCAACAUACCACCCAACAUCAAAGCACCCAACAUCAUACCACCCUGCAACAUACCACCCAGCAACAUACCACCCACCAACAUACCACCCAACAUCAUACCACCCAACAUCAUACCACCCUGCAACAUACCACCCAGCUACAUACCACCCUGCAACAUACCACCCAACAUCAUACCACCCAACAUCAUACCACCCUGCAACAUACCACCCAGCAACAUACCACCCUGCAACAUACCACCCUGCAAAAUACCACCCAACAUCAUACCACCCAACAUCAUACCACCCUGCAACAUACCACCCAGCUACAUACCACCCAACAACAUACCACCCAACCACAUACCACCCAACAACAUACCACCCAACCACAUACCACCCAACAACAUACCACCCAACCACAUACCACCCAACCACAUACCACCCAACCACAUACCACCCAACAACAUACCACCCAACCACAUACCACCCAACAACAUACCACCCAACCACAUACCACCCAACAACAUACCACCCAACCACAUACCACCCAACAACAUACCACCCAACCACAUACCACCCAACAACAUACCACCCAACCACAUACCACCCUGCAACAUACCACCCUGCAACAUACCACCCUGCAACAUACCACCCAACCACAUACCACCCAACAACAUACCACCCUGCAACAUACCACCCUGCAACAUACCACCCAACAACAUACCACCCAACCACAUACCACCCAACAACAUACCACCCUGCAACAUACCACCCAAUCACAUACCACCCUGCAAAAUACCACCCAACAACAUACCACCCAACAACAUACCACCCAACCACAUACCACCCUGCAAAAUACCACCCAACAACAUACCACCCAACAACAUACCACCCUGCAACAUACCACCCAGCUACAUACCACCCAGCUACAUACCACCCAGCUACAUACCACCCAGCUACAUACCACCCAGCUACAUACCACCCAGCUACAUACCAACCAAACACAUUGAGCUGAAAUGA